AGAUAGGGUAAAACAAGCAAUGGUGGAGGUAUUUUUACAUUUCCUCCCUUAACUGCUAAAGGACAACAAUAUAACCAUGUUAUGAGGAGACGUCUAAGAGGACUCGGAUCUGAAAUAGGGCACUAAAGCUAUGACCACUGGGUGGGGGUGGGGGACGGGGGCAAAAACUAAUUUAAACAAACAGAAAUCCAGAUCCUGUCAAUUAGCCUCGGUUUAAUGAAGUAUGAAUCAGGACAAAAAUGCAGAUGUAAGCUUUUGUUUCCUUAUUGUAUUGGCUGUUUUAUACUCUUGAUUGACCAAUCAGGAUAGUGUUGCUAGGCCGCUGCUUUUUAUCGGUUGGUUAUCCUGCCUGUCAUUCAAAAUGAAGGCGGUAUAUUAAGCCAGUGCGCCACCGUGCUGUACGUAUUUACAGUGUACAUUUAUAGCCAUGCAGGAGUAAGGGCGAUUUAUUGAAAGUUUAUGUAAUACAAAGGUAUAGCGACUUACUGUGCGUAAAUUUGGACUUUAAGAAGAGCAGAGACUGCGACUGAAACAGUUUUCCAUUCUGAGGUGUGAUCUCUCCUCUUUUGAGUAAUCUCACGGCUCCCACCUCUGUGCUCCACUGCUUCCCCUGCAAGCCAUCCUAGGCUGAUCGGCCAUUCCCACUGCACUCCCGUGUUGUCUCACCUGCCACUGCUGCCAUGACACGCUCUAAGACCUUUCAGGCCUACUUACCCAACUGCCAUCGCACAUACAGCUGUAUCCACUGCAGGGCUCAUUUGGCCAACCACGACGAGCUCAUCUCCAAGUCUUUUCAAGGUAGUCAAGGCAGAGCCUAUCUGUUCAACUCUGUAGUAAAUAUUGGUUGUGGGCCAGCAGAGGAGAGGGUGCUGCUUACAGGUCUCCAUGCUGUGGCUGACAUCUACUGUGAAAAUUGCAAAACCACACUGGGCUGGAAAUAUGAACAUGCCUUUGAGAGCAGUCAGAAGUACAAGGAGGGUAAGUUCAUCAUUGAGCUCGCCCACAUGAUCAAGGACAAUGGGUGGGACUGAUGCCCUCAAUACCCCUGUGGACCUGUGGCAUGAAUGCAUAGCUUGUUCCUGGAAACUCACCCCACUGACCUACAUCCUGAGGAUGUGAUAUAUAUCAUCAGUGCUGUGCCUCUCCUGUGUGCACAUGUGUGCGCGCAUGUGUUUGUCAGAAUCACAUUAAGAAUUUGCAUUCUGACAGAGUUAUUGCUAUAAUCAAGUCAGCAAACCCAGUGCAUCCUUAUAGCACAUCCAUGCUUGCAUAAAGACCAGUGAAACCAGGUGGAAUAGGUUUCACAAAACCCACUUCAAAUCCACUUGCAGGCUUACCCAAUGGCUGGACCCAUGGAGAAAAUACAUUUAGUGUAACAACUUACACAAGUGACUGCUGAACAUUUUACUUGAGACACAAAAAUACUUCAACUGUCCAUCAAAAGAACAGUUGCUUCUUUCUUGCUCCCUUUUCUUUGAUAGAUGGCACACAGUUUAUUUAUACGCGUAUUUAUUGACUUUGAUUUCUUGUGUUGAUAAUGAUCUUUGUGUUGAACUUGUAGCAGCUUUUUUCAGUAGUAGCGUCUUUAUAUUUCCUUUCU